GGCAACACAAUCGUUUUCAUUUGCUCGGAAGUUUGUUUGUUGCGUUUUUAUUUAAUUGCCAACCGCGAUGCAGGACCAAGCCAAGUCCGAGAUGAAGCCCAUACGCAAGGAGAUCCUUAAUCCGGGCAAUGCCUACAUCGAGCUGAAGCCAGGCACCCGGGUGAAGUUCCACUUUCAGACCCGCAGGGCCGGGAACAGCCGCAUCAUUGACGACAGCCGCAAAAUGGGCAAACCCAUGGAGCUGGUCCUGGGCAAGAAGUUCAAGCUGGAGGUCUGGGAGGUGAUUGUGCAGCAGAUGUCGCUCAACGAGGUGGCCAAGUUCACCGUGCACAAGUCGCUCUGCGCCCAGUAUCCGUUCAUAUCGAAGACACUGCGGGAUAUCGGCAAGAAGCCCGAGGAGCGGCGUCACUGCUGCGGCAUGACCUUGCAGAACGAGGGCAUCGGCUAUCCCGAUCUGGACGAGCUGCUGCAAAAUCCUGCUGAGCUGGAGUUCAUCAUCGAGCUGACGUCCAUCGAACUGCCCGAGCAGUACGAAAAGGAGCGCUGGCAGAUGUCCGACGACGAGAAGAUGCUGGCCACCAGUACGCUGCGCGAGCGUGGCAAUAACUUUUACAAGGCCAGACGUUUCUCGGAGGCGGAGACCUGCUAUCGCGAGGCCGUGGGUCUUGUCGAACAGCUGAUGCUCAAGGAGAAGCCGCACGACGAUGAGUGGCAGGAGCUGGCGGCCAUUAAGACGCCGCUGCUGCUGAACUACGCGCAGUGUCGACUGAUCGCCGGCGACUUCUAUGCGGUGAUCGAGCACUGUAACGAGGUGCUCAAUCUGGAUCCGCGCAAUGUCAAGGCUUUAUUCCGGCGGGCCAAGGCCCAUGCUGGGGCCUGGAAUCCGAUGCAGGCGCGACGUGACUUUAUUGAUGCUUUGGCCCUGGACGCCACACUGAAGACGACUGUGGCCAAGGAGCUGAAGCUGAUUGAGGAGCAACAGCAUGCUCGCAACGUCCAGGACCGCAUCCACAUGCAGAAGCUGUUCUAGAACAUAAGCUCCGUCAACGUGCUGCUCAUGCUGCUGGUCUAUUGGAGCAGCUAUCUGCAGCGCUA